CGCACAGAAAAACAAAAAAAAAAAAUAAUUGAAGAAAAAAAGAACUAUACUGAAAUUCGUCUUUUCUGCGGAGUCUACAACGGAGCUGUUGUUGCAGAAGAAACGAAGCAAAAGGGCACUAUUGUCCACUUUUGCAAAUUCCGAAACGGCGUCGUUUGUGUCGGUUCUUCCUCCAGUGAUGGUCGACGAAAAAUCCCCCUCUACUGUCAUCGGCAAUAGAGAUCGAGAGCUUCUCAUCCCUGUCUCUGAUUCCGUCACCGAUGCUUCCAAGCCAUCUUCCUCCUCCGUUAAUCAUGCUGGUCGCGAGACUUUUUCCAUAGUUGUUAGGAGCUGGGCAUCAAAGAAGUUCAUGACCGGAUGUGUCAUUCUUUUUCCGAUUGCAAUCACCUUCUACAUUACCUGGUGGUUCAUUCAUUUCGUGGAUGGGUUUUUUUCUCCAAUCUAUGCUCAACUUGGAAUCAAUAUCUUUGGUCUUGGAUUCAUAACUUCCAUAACCUUCAUCUUCUUGAUUGGGGUUUUCAUGUCAUCAUGGUUGGGUGCAUCUGUCCUCGGACUUGGGGAGUGGUUUAUCAAGCGAAUGCCUCUUGUUCGUCAUAUCUAUAAUGCCUCUAAGCAGAUUAGUGCUGCUAUAUCACCAGAUCAAAAUUCACAAGCCUUUAAAGAAGUAGCCAUCAUUCGACAUCCACGUGUGGGUGAAUAUGCAUUGGGAUUCAUCACCUCGUCUGUUGUCCUUCAGACUUAUUCAGGAGAUGAGGAGUUAUGCUGUGUCUAUGUUCCCACAAACCAUCUUUAUAUUGGUGAUAUAUUUCUUGUCAACACCAAGGAUGUCCUUAGGCCAAACUUAUCAGUCCGGGAAGGAAUUGAAAUUGUCGUUUCUGGAGGCAUGUCAAUGCCGCAGGUCCUAUCAACACUUGAUUCACAUGUUCCGGUGCAAAUAAGUAGACCGGAUAGAACUCUUCAAAACAGUAGACCUGAUAGAAGAUGAAAGUUAAAGGUACAGUAGUUGUUCGUUUAACAUCUUAUUUCAUAUGGAGAUAUCAGAAAGGCAGCGCAAGAAAUGUGUUGCAAAUACAGGCAUGGAAUUUACAUGUUGAUCUGUGAGCAAGUGUUAGAUCUAUAGAUUAUGAUGUUAUGUGUAACAUUCAUAUGUGCAAUAGAAUGUAGAAUUUAGUGUUUGUUUGAAAAUAUAGUUUGGGUGAUGAUACAGGAUUACAACAUUCUAUUUUGGUAGGGGUCUUAAAUUUUCUACUUGUGCAUAUUAUGGCAGUCUCUGCUCGUUAUAGAGAUUCAAUUUUGUAGUGCUGACUACUUGCUUUCGGCUUAAUAUAUGGUGUUUCUAAGUUUUCAA